UGUGACACAAAAUUAUGGGAUCCGGUGCUUAUGUGGAACACUACUAGUCCCAAGUUUAGCAUCUGUAUGGCCGAUACUUGGCUUGUAUGGCUGCCGGCUACCUGUCUAACCGUAUGCCUGUCCAUUAAAAUCACUACACUAUGUUGUAAUCACCGAUCGGUUAGAUCAACACCAACAACACCGUCAACUAUUGACUACAACUACUUCAAUAUUAUACGACUGGCCAUUGCCUGUCUGUUAGCUACGGUAACUGUAGUCGACUUGUUUGUCAGUCUAUAUCAGCUCCGAUACUAUCAUCAAUGGCCAGCCAUUGAUGACACACCACCACUGCCACUACCAACAGUUGCCUAUAUUAUCAGGACAUUCAUACUAAUAGCAACACGACUGGCCAUAACCAUAGUUGUCUACCAGUACCGACUAAACGGUCAACACAGUUGCAAUUGGUUUAUAUGGUUUUAUCUAUUAGCCGAUACAGUGGCCAGUGGCCUAACAGUUUGGUCAUACGCUACGGUCAGACUAUCAAUAACUGCGGGACAACUACUAGCGAUAACUAUAGAGUUUUCAUUGACUACCCUAUUGUUAAUGUUUUGUUCAAUUGCCGAUCGUUUACCACAACGACAACAAUUGUCAGCUAAAAGCGCCGACACCUUAACCUUAACCAACAACUGUCCAAAAGAUAGUUCCGGUUUUCUAUCGUUACUAACAUUUCAAUGGGUAGACAGUCUACUAUGGACUGGUUGGCAAAAAUCGUUGACUAUCGGCGAUCUAUGGCCACUACGAUCGGACGAUAGGGUCGACCAAUUGAUGGCCCAAUUUUCUAGACAUUAUAAGACAACUACAACUACUACCAGUACUACUACUACUACUACUACUACUGGCGGUAGUAGUGUAGGAGUAGUCAGUAGUAAUGUAUUUACAGCUAUUUUGAAAACUUUUUGGUCGACUUAUUUGCCGUCAACACUAGCUUUCAUAGUAUUUGAUACGGGAGUCAUAUUUAGCGCAUAUCUACUUAAAUAUUUGAUUGAAUUUACCGUCAAUGAUGAUGACCCCCAAUGGCACGGUUAUGUCUAUGCAACAGCAAUACUGGCGCUCAAUAUGACGGUUGCAUUUGCCUACUCUAUAAAUGCCCAACAAAUGACUGUUUUAGGACAGCGUAUAAAAACAUUGCUAACCGGACUGGUCUAUCGUAAAGCACUGGUAUUAAGUAAUAGUGCCAAAAAUCGGGAGUCAAAUACCGGGCAAAUAGUUAAUCUAAUGGCCGUCGAUUGUCAUCGAUUUAUUGGACUGUUAUCGAAAUUAAAUUUUUUAUGGACGACCAUUAUCCAGAUAACAUUGGCAGUAUAUCUACUAUACACUGAAUUAGGUGUGUCCAUUGUUGCCGGUAUCCUAGUACUACUGGUAGCUAUGAUGACCAAUAUAUUUGUAGCCAAAAUCAAUGAUAACUAUAUGUCCCGACAAAUGUCUCACAAAGAUCGCCGACAAUUGAUUACCAAUGAUGUACUCAAUGGUAUCAAAGUAUUAAAACUAUACGCCUGGGAAAAGGCAUUCAUCGAUAAGAUAUUGCAAAUACGCGGCAAAGAGUUGGGAUUUUUACGGACAGCCGGCUAUUGGUCGACAAUAUCGCUGCUGACAUCAACUUGUCUACCAUUUAUGGUUACGUUGGCUACGUUUGGCUCCUAUAUGGCCAUCGGUUCGGACACAUUGGACGCCCAAAAAGUGUUUGUAUCGCUAGCAUUGUUUGCUAAGGUCGGGCAUUCGGUUAUGAAUAUGCCCGACACUAUCAAUGAGAUAAUAAUUUCAAUAGUUUCAAUUAAUCGUUUAAACAAAUUUCUGGAUUUACCCGAACUAACCAAUUAUGUGACCAAUAAUAUCGAUACCAUCGAUGAUGAGAAGGAGGACGAGGAUGACAAUCACCUAACGGUGCUUAGCAUAGAAAACGGUUUUUUUACAUGGAAUAGCAUGGAAACAAUUCCCAAUAAUAAUAAUAAUAAUAAUGAUAAUAUAAUUUU